CACUCAACUUUCUAGUUUAUAGUAUUAUUAGUAGAUUAUUAUCAUAUCUAAUAAUGUUCCUCUCAUCCGGUUGAUUCACCUCCUCUGAAUUAAGUUUGAUCUUGGACUCUUCCUUAUCAAAGCCCUGUCUUAAAUCUGGAUCUCCAGAAGUGGAAGGCAAUUGGAAGCUGAGUUGUGAAAAAUUGCAAAACGUGGGAUGGUGAUACAUAACACUAGAACAAAGCCUUGUUGACUCUGUUAACAGCUACCAAGAGAAGUUUAUUUUGACUCAAGGUUCUGCUAUCACUUUCCAGAAUAAGUGACAUCUCUAGGUGUUGCCUUGCUGAUGUAUCAAGCUGUAGGAUACAAUUUGUAGAGGUUGGAGUUAUCCCCCACUCACUCAUCUCAUGUCAUCUUAAUUAGUGAGGGACCACUUGUUUCUAUAGAGACUCCAUAUCAUAUAUGAGAGAGGAUUUGAGAGAGGAUUUGGGAAUAUUUCUGUUAGAACAGGAAAAUUAAGAGUAGAAGAGAUGGAAAAAAGAGUGUGUGUAACAGGUGCAGGAGGAUAUCUAGCUUCCUGGGUCGUCAAGUAUCUCCUCUCUAAGGGCUACAUAGUCCAUGGAACUGUUAGAGAUCCAAAUGAUGAGAAGUAUGCUCAUUUGAAGAAUCUGGAGAAUGCCAUGGAAAACCUGCAUCUCUUCAAGGCAGACUUGUUGGAUUACGACAGCCUCUGUGCUUCCAUGGCAGGAUGCAGGGGCAUCCUUCAUGUAGCGAGUCCAGUUCCUUCAGGUGCCGUAAUCAACCCCAAGGUAGAACUACUUGAGCCUGCUUUAACUGGUACAUGCAAUGUACUGAAGGCGUGUACUGAGGCAAAAGUAAAAAGGGUUGUGGUUGUGUCAUCUGUUUCUGCCGUUAUCUGGAACCCUAAUUGGCCAAAGGAUCAGCCUAUGGAUGAAUCGUGUUGGUCUGACAAGGAAUAUUGCAGAUCAAGUGAGAACUGGUAUAGCUUCUCCAAAACAGAAGCAGAAAGUGCGGCUUGGGAGUACGCAAAGAAAAAUGAGCUUGAUGUGGUAACAGUUUGUCCAUCACUUAUUUUUGGGCCACUGUUACAAUCUACUAUGAAUGCUAGUAGCUCAGUUCUUGUCAAGAUAUUGAAAGAUGGCGUUGAUGAAAUCGAUAAUAAUGAAAGGAGGAUUGUAGAUGUGCGUGAUGUGGCUGAGGCAGUGUUACUGGCAUAUGAGAAGCCAGAAGCAGAAGGGAGAUAUUUAUGUUCGGCUUAUACUGUCAAUACACAAGAGUUGAUUGAGAAGCUCAAAACCAUGUACCCUGAUUACAGUUACCCAAAGAAAAUUGCUGAAGUGAAGGAAUUGCCCCAGAUAAGUUGCGAAAAACUGCAGAAGUUGGGAUGGAAAUGCAUAACACUGGAAGAGAGCCUCGCUGACUCUGUCAAAUGCUACCAAGAGAUGGGAAUCUUGGAUUGAGGUGAUGAAAAGUAUGAUUUGCUCGAUUACCACAGCCUCUUCGCUGCCGUUGCAGGAUGCAGGGGUGUUUUUCAUGUAGCUAGUCCAGGUAGAACUGAUCGAGCCCGCUUUGAUAGGAACACAUAAUGUAUUAAAGGC